AAUGAAACGUAAAUGUUCCAUGAAUAGAACAUAAACAUUUUUAAAUCAAAAAUUUUACAAGAGAAAAAAUUCGUUCUAUAAUACGAAAUUAGCCAAUUUCCGGCAGAAGAAAUAUAUUUAGCUUAAUUUUUCAAAUAGUAUUUUAAUAUUUAAUUAUGACUACGACAAUAGACAUGGAAGUAGAUACAGAUAUUGAAGUGAUGUCUACUACUCAUCAAAACUUUGCCAAAAUUACAGUUAUGAAUGACGAAUACUUAUUAGUACGUAUAUUAAAAUUUUUAGAUAAUCGAAAUUUGAAGCAGGCCAUGGGCGUAUGUCGAUUAUGGAGAAAAGUGGCAAAAUGGAUUUUUCAUAGAAAUAGAAUACUCUUCGACGUCAAAAUAUUGCCACGCUGGUUAAUGCGAAUGAUUGCUUUUGUUUCACCUUCUUGUUUGUUUCACUACGUUAAAGAAGAAGAAGAAAGCCGUAAUUUUAUUGUGGGUUUCGAUAGUAGUUGGAAUGUUGAUUGCCAUAUAUGCAACAAAAAGUUACACGAUCCACUCAAGUUCGGAAUUAAUAAACUAUACAAAAAAUCGGAAGAGGACUUUGACAUGGAUCUAUUUUACGUUUGGAUCGCAUUUUUUCCGUCUUUCCCGGGUGUGAACAUGAACAGAUUUACUUUUUCGUCUGUGGAAAUUCAAGAAAUGAUGGAGCCGAGUAAGACGAACUUUUCAAAACUUACGAAAAUUCCAGAUGAGGAAACAAAAUGUGUUUUAUGGUUCUUGAGUGGCAAAAUAGACCACCGACUGUUAAAUGUUACACCAAAAUGCGCGUUAGCAGGCCUAGCUAAUCUUGAAGACGUUAAGAAACGUCAUGAGGACUACAGAUGCAUAGUGUUUUCAGGAAGGAGACUUAAAGCUAUGUCAAUAAAACUACCCAGAAGUAAAGAUGCACUGAGAAGAAUAUUUCCUACUCUUGGGCACUUCGUGGCGUACAAAUCUAUAGCGUUUUAUUUUAGCCAAAAUUCGGUAAAUGACGAUGCAGAAAACAAAGGAGCAUUGUCUUUAUUUACAGAAAUGUACCCGAAUGUACCUAUAUUACCAUUCAAUAACGAAUGUUUUUUCGGUGUUAAACACAUUCCACCAUUUGAAGAGAAUCAGCUAACUAUACGUGAAAGUUCAUUUCGAAAAGAUACAUAUCUAUUUGCAGUGUUAAUUUUGCUUUGGUUUCGAUGAAAUAAACAUGCUAAUUGUAUGAAAUGCUUUGUACUAUUAAAUGAACUUUAAUAGUUUAAUUAAUUAAAUAAAAAUUAAGGAAAAUAGCAUAAUUAAAGAUAUGAUUCAAUGAAACAAUAAGCAGGGUGUUCAAAACUCAAAACUGUCUCUAGAAAAAACUAUUGGGUAAAUCUUAAAGAUAUUUGACAUGUAUACUGUCCUGAGUAGUUUUGAUGUACAAAAAAAAAAUACAUGCAGUAGAGAUUUCCACAUUUGGCAGAAAUUUCUCGAGAAAAAUCAUCUGUACUAUUAAUCUGUAUGAUGCUAAUGCAUUGUUUUAACAUUGAAUGUUUCUUUUCUAUUUCCAGCUAGCUUUAUCUAACAUUGAAUGUUAGAUGACUUAUAAAACUACACAAAAAGCGUAUUUUAUUACGGUAAUUGGGGACAAGAUCUUUUUAUAUACACGGACCUGACAUAAUGGCUCAUUAAGAAUUGACUCUUCCUGUUUUCUUGAGCGUUUCCCUUAUAAAAUAGAGAGAUGAACCCUUUAACAAUCAGAAGGAUAGCAUUGUGGAAACACGACUUUUAUGUUUUUAAGAAGCACCAGUUUCAUAACCCACGAUGUAUAUGUAGUUCUUAAGAACCAAGUUUGACGCUAAACAAGAAUACAACAAAACAAACUUCUUGGCCUUUUGGCUAACAUCAAGGUGCAGGUUUUGUAUACCUGUAAGCUGACUGAUUCCCGUGCGCUAAAGCGUGGGAAGCAUUCGGUGCCCUGCCUUUGGUCGAGGUCUCUUAGUCGCGUGCUCAGGCACAGCUUGGUCUCUGGGCUAAGCCAUUUUGACUAUGUUUUUGAGAUGUGACCACUACCACCACGGCAUCUAGUGCUGGGGUGGAGACGGUCGCUGACGUCGGCUUUCUGGUAGUAAGGUGUACUGUACCUGCAGGGUGGUGGGCACGAACCCAAGACCAGGUUAACUUGUCAGCUCGGUGGAAAAUCCCUGCAAUUUUAACACAUCAGUAAUAAAGUCUACACACAUCCUUGAGUUUGAGAGUUUAAAAGUCAUGCGGUUUGAUGAUAACAAUGUCAUUUGUAAUUCAGAAUCGUACAUUUUGUAAUUCGCAGAGAUCUCGAUUUAGAUCAGAGGUGUCCAACCCGUGGCCCAAGGCAAAAAAAUGCGACCCAAUACACGU